GAAUUGGUAAAAGCGGUCUCAAAAGAACAAAACAGUACAGUAACAAAGGAACAGCCCAUACCCUACAAUACGAGACCAGAAACGAUGGACAGGAAGAAUGACAAUCUCACCAUGAGAAUUUGUAAUAAACCUGACACUAAAUCAUAUUCUGACAAUUCAGAUCCUGGAGAACUGUUAACACUGCCAGAUGAUCAAGCUGAACAUAUGGAAGAAGCGUUGGUAAAAGAACGAGCUGCCAUACUA